CCAUUUCCACGCUGGACGUGGGCAGAAGGCCGGGAGCUGAGACAAAGCGGAGCAGGGGCGAGACUUGAGUCCGGGGGUGAGGCGGGAGCGGAGCCAACUGGAGGAGGGGCCUGCCCGCCCAGCUUAGGCUUGGGGAGCACCGGGCGCCAGCACCGCCUCCGCAGAGCCAAAUCGAGGCGGGACCUAAGCGGUGACGCACGGAGCGAGAGACUGGGCCUCCAUGGGGCGGGGCCUGGAGGGGCGGAGCCAACAGGAGAUGGAGCCAGCGUUGGGUCCGAGUGGCGACGCGCAGGGAGCAGGGCCGGGUUCAGCGCGCUCGGGCGGGGAAGAGGCGGAGCCAGGGUACAGACCAAGUCUGCGUCCCGUCAGUGUUAUGACGCAUGGGCCGGGCGCGGGGCCUAAGAGGGUCCCCCGGGGGCCUGGGGGGGGGGCCUGGCCGCCCCGGGAGACUCUGGACCAAGUGGUGCGCCGCGGCUUGCGACGACCGCAGUGCGUCCGCCGCACCGCUAGGGGCCAGCGCGGGCGGACGGAGGAGUCCGAGCCAGAGACAGCGAGUUCCCGAUCUGUGCGGAGCCAGGACGCCGAGCAUCCUGGAUCCCGGCUUCAACAUGCAGGAGCUGACUCUGAGCCCUGGCCCAGCCAAGCUGACCCCUACCCUAGACCCUGCACACUGGAUGGAGCUGAUCCUGAGUACCAGCCCAGCUGAGCUGACUCUGGAUCCUGCAUGCCAGCCAGAGCCAAUCCUGAGAUCCAACCUGGCCAAGCUGACCCUGGAUCCUGCACACCAGCCAGAGCUGAUCCUGAGCCCCAGGCUAUCUGAACUGACCCCGGGUUCUGCAUGCCAUCCAGAGAUGACCCUCAGACCUGGCUCAACUGAGCUGACCCUGGAGCCUGUGCACUGCCGACCUGAGCUCCUGGAUGCCUGUGCCGACCUCAUCAAUGAGCAGUGGCCCCGCAGCCGGGCCUCCCGCCUGCACUCCUUGGGCCAGUCUUCAGACAACUUCCCCCUCUGCCUGAUGCUGCUGAGUUCCAACCCCACACCCGGGGCAGCCCCCAUCGUGGUGGGCCAUGCCCGCCUGUCACGGGUGCUGGACCAGCCCCAGAGCCUGCUAGUAGAGACAGUGGUGGUGGCCCGGGCUCUAAGGGGCCGUGGCUUUGGCCGCUGCCUCAUGGAGGGCCUUGAGGUCUUUGCCCAGGCCCGGGGCUUCCGCCGGCUGCAUCUCACCACCCAUGACCAGUUAAACUUCUAUGCCCACCUGGGCUACCGGCUGGGUGAGCCUGUGCAGGGCCUGGUCUUCACCAGCCGUCGGCUGCCCACCACCUUGCUCAGUGCCUUCCCCAGGGCCUUUCCCCCCCGACCACCCUGCAAUGUCCUCAGCCCGACUGCUCAAGCUGCUCCAAGAGCCCCCAAAGGGCCAUCCUUGCCACCACCCCCUCCCCUGCCUGAGCCCUUGACCUCCUCAUCACUACUUCCAGCAAGGCCCCUUCCACAAAACCUGCUGGAGACACAAUACUGUGACCUGAGAGGAUGCCCCAUAUUCUGGAUGGAAAAGGACAUCUGAGAGCCACUAAGGGCAAGGCACUGUCUUUCUGGGUCAAUGAACUACCCAGGACAGUCCUAGCCUCAGCACACUGGCCAUACCUCAGCCCCUAACCCCUGACCUCUGGGGACAGCUUUAGCCUGAGCAUGUUUCCUAAGUGCCAAUAAGGCCAGGAGAUGGCUCCUGGCUCUGGCUCAGAGCUGUCAGUGUGGCCGAAUAAAGGCUUUUGUUGGGUGUA